CUGAGAUAACCUGUCCUGAUGCUGGGAAUGUUCUAUCCAAAGGAUAGAUUUACAACAGAGUCCUAAUAUUUGAAUCAAAAUUUCAUUGGGCGGUUUUGAAUAGUUCUAAGGGAAGGGAGACUUCUGUCAAGGGUAACUUUCUCAGAGAAGGGUCAACCUCUUGGGGAGGCUUUCAGGACCAUCUGUGUGGUCAGCCAUGUCCUCAUUCUGACGUCCAAAUUGUUCUGGGGACCCUCCACUGGGGUUGGGGCAGUCCCAUAUUUGGACCACCCCCCACUCCCACGCCCAACCUCACAUUCUCAGCUGUUUCACUGGAUGUUGCAUCAGGGAGGGUGAUGAAAUCAGUGUCAGCGGAUUUUACCCAUGGAUGCAACAGGCUGAAGGACUGGCCAGGGUCAUUGACACGGCACACCUUCAACUCCCCAGAACUCCUGGACUUCCUAACUGUGGGAUGGGGGCUGGGUGCUGGGAUAUAUAUUCUAUAUCUAAAUUUGACUCCUAGCCCUUGCUUAUACUGAUAUCCCAAAAGAACCAUCACCUGAACCCCACAGAUCCUAUGAAACUUUUGGCCACUGAGGCUGAGAAAUCACAUGGUUCUUAGCUACAACUCUCCCUCCAAGAGCCCUCCUAGCCUCCACAGUGAGGCCUGAAGGGGGAGCAGUAAUACCUUAUAUGGUUUUAUAUAGCUUCUCAGUUCACAAAGUGCUGUCGAGGUCCCUCUUUUCCAGUGAAAAUUACUGUUCCCAAGGGAGAGAGAGAAGCCCCCUGCUUCUUAGAUAGAGGGCACCAGGUGGGAACCAAACUUCAUUCCAAACUGGGCCCGCUAUUCUAUUGGGAAAUAAAUGAAUGCUUCCGUUUUUGUUUUUUCCUCAGGCAGGAGGUAAGGAAAUUAGAUGCUGGGGGGAAAGAUCUAGCUUUGAGAAGCAAAAAGAUGAGGGAAAGGUUAAACAGGAAGCAACUUGAGACUAGAUUCAUUUAAAUAUUCAUUCCUCCUACCCCCCACCCCCUCCACAGCCAUUGCGAUUCAUGAAGAGCAUUACACAUAUGCCCCAUCCCAGGCCUCCAGCCACAGCAACCACACAUCUCAUUUCCCUUGGAGCUGAGGCUGCCUACCUGGGCUCCCCACGGAGGGGGAUGAUGCAGGGAGGGGAAUCCCACCUGCUGUGAGUCACCUGCUAGUAUAAAGGGCGGGCCUUACAAUGCAGGGACCUUAAAAAGAGACUCAGAGACAAGGGGAGAAAAAUAGCAGGAAGCAGCUCAGAAACUCAGUGAACAACAGAAGGAACCAAAUCAGAGACACACAGAACGGAGAGCAUCAGGCUCAGAAGAAAGGGAAGUGGGUAGAGAUUCCACAAGGACCGGUGCGAGGCACAGAGCCAGCCAGAUUUGCGAAGCAGGCAACAAGAUGCUGGGGAGCAGGGCUGUGAUGCUUCUGCUUCUGCUGCUGCAGCUGCCCCGGCUGGCUCAGGCCCGGGCUGUGCCUGAGGACCGUCGCCCUGCCUGGGCUCGGGGCCAACAGCUCUCACAGAAGCUCUGCACGCUGGCCUGGAGUGCACAUCCUCCGAUGGGACAUGUGGACCUCCCAAGAGAAGAGGGAGAUGGCGAGACCACAAAUGAGGUCCCCCGCAUCCAGUGUGGGGAUGGCUGUGAUCCCCAAGGACUCAGAGACAACAGUCAGUUCUGCUUACAAAGGAUCCACCGGGGCCUGGUUUUUUAUGAGAAGCUGCUGGGCUCAGACAUUUUCACAGGGGAGCCUUCGCUACUCCCCGAUGGCCCUGCGGGCCAGCUUCACGCCUCCCUCCUGGGCCUUAGGCAACUCUUGCAGCCUGAGGGGCCCCACUGGGAGACUGAGCAAACUCCAAGCCCCAGUCCCAGCCAGCCAUGGCAGCGUCUCCUUCUCCGCUUCAAGAUCCUUCGCAGCCUUCAGGCCUUUCUGGCUGUAGCUGCCCGGGUCUUUGCCCACGGAGCAGCAACCCUGAGCCCCUCAGGCCAACGGCCUACGGAUGGCACCCAGAUCUCCUUGGCUCAACAGGGCUAAAAUGAACCAGCCCAAGCGCCUGUGAGCCAACAAGUUAAUUAGUCCAUUAAUUCUAAUGAGACUUGCGUAUGUUGAAAAUUCCCGAUACUGACUAACUUAUGCUGCUGACCUAGGACAAAGUUGGGUAUUUAUUAAAUAGGAAGGGAAAACUUGAGAUUAUUUAUCCUCAGGGCAGCAGCUUGGGGAGGAUUAUUUAUUAUAUUUAUUCUGAAUUAUGUACUUUUUUCAAUAAAGACUUAUUUAUAUGGAUAUCUGAGUCUGUUUCUAGGCUUGGCUGGGAAAAGGAAAAACAGGGCCAAAGGACUAUAGCAUGCCUCCUUCUACGCUGCAGGGCUCCAGUGGAGAGGGCUAUAUCCUCAUGACCUUCUUGUGUAUCCAUAGACUAACUGGGAUCUUUUUGGUCUGGAUCCCCAUAUAGCUGAGCAAGCUGAAUGGGAUUACGAAGGGUUAAGAUUAGGAAGUUGGGCCCCUAAAUGUGACUGCUUUUGCCGCCUGACCCUGUGCCUCCUCGGCCUCUUGGCCAAGAGUGUAUUUGGCCAAAGACAGGAGUCCGAAUCACUGCAGGAUCAGAAGUCAGAGCUGUUUUGAGCAGGAAGGGCAUUCCAGGAUGAGAGUGGUAAAUCCCCCAAAUUAAAAUGGGAUUCUCCCUGAAUAGACAUCUGUGAGCCCCAUCAGAGGGUUUGACUACCCAAGCAGAGGUCAACUACCUGUGAAACAAAGAGAAGGGGAAGGCUACUGUGGUCAUUCCCCUUCC